CUCGGCAAAGCCCCGGUUGGGUGGCGAGACGGAGGGGCUGGAAGGUGGCUUGGACGAAGCCUGGCAAUUUGAACUUCUCCCGCCGCGCUUCGGGCUAAUAGCGUCGGUGUUGCUUGCAUGCUUGCUGCUGCUGCUGUUUUUAGCCACGUAGCAAAGUCCUGUUGCGCUGCAGAGAGAAAGCUGAAUCUUCGCUGGUUGGUUCCUCAUAAUUUCCUCCAUGAGGUAGAUGCCCCCUGUCUAAAGAUAUGUGGGUUGCUUUAGUGCAAGGCUGUGGCGUGCCUACUCAAAAGUAAGCCCCAUUGAGUUCAGUGGAACUUACUCGCAGGUAAGCGUGCAUAGGGUUGCAGCGACACUGAUGUCGCCAAGGGCAGAAGCACCUGGGCUCGUGCUUGGCCAAAACAGUGCGAACAGCGUUGCAGCUCUUUGCUUUGCAUUUUGCCAGCCAAACAUAACUUUCGCACAUGCAAGGAGCACGAUCCUUUCUUUCGAGGGGGAAGAAAGGCUGCGCGAGAUAAGCCCCGAACGAGGGAAAAGAAGGCGUGGCCAUAGAUUUUUAGAUCGAUUACAGGAGUAUUUCUCUAUUGUGAAGUGGCGCGCGGGGGUGGGGGUGGAGUUCAAUGAGUAGAGAGAAUUGCGGGAGAUUGGGAUUCCUAUCAACCGUGAAGUUUCCUGGGAGGAGGGCUUUGAUAAAUCCCUUUCUCUCAGCUGCAGGCUUUCGGGCUUUUGUAUCAUUUUUAGAUAACCACCUUGCAUAAUUCAGCUGCGGUAAUAUACCAAGGGAGCUUUUAUUUUUCACCAAGCUCUGAAAUCUGAUAAAAGCUCCUUCCCUCUGUGCGCUCUCUUCUAUUAAAAUGAAAAUUAUUAAAGUGCUGUAUUGUGAACCAUAUGCGGAGCACAUUUUAAAAAAAGAGGAAGUGUGGUACUAAUUGGACGGUGCGCGCGCCUGACCCCUAGAGGAGCUUCUAUCUGGACCCCAGAUUAAAACAUGUUACAGUAGUUUAGUUAAAAGGAAGUAGCGUUAUUUUCGCAGUGGCUCGCUUUUCCUUUAGCCUGCGGGAAGGGGCGUUUAUCUGGCCUAUUCUCUCAUGUGGUGCUGAUGAAUUCUUAAGGUCAUCUGACUGGUUGCUCUAGUGCUUUGAAAAUAUGGGAUGUAUAAAAUCCAAACGAAAAGACAAUCUACAGGGAGAUGCGAAGAUUGAACCAGUACGUAAAUCUGAACGAACUAUUUAUGUGAGGGAUCCAACGUCCAAUAAACAGCAAAGGCCAGCAACUGAUGAUAUCCUUCUGCCAGGUCAGAGGUUCACUAAAGAAGCAGAGGAAAAAGAACAUCAGGACCUUGUGGUAGCCUUGUAUCCUUACGAUGGCAUUCAUGAAGAUGAUCUGUCCUUCAAGAAAGGAGAAAAAAUGAAAAUUCUGGAGGAACAUGGAGAAUGGUGGAGAGCCAAAUCCCUUUUGACCAAGAGAGAAGGCUUUAUCCCAAGCAACUAUGUCGCAAAAGUUAACACCUUGGAAACAGAAGAAUGGUUCUUUAAAGACAUAACCAGGAAAGAUGCAGAAAGGCAACUUCUAGCACCUGGGAAUGCUCCUGGGUCAUUCCUUAUCAGAGAGAGUGAAACAUUGAAAGGUAGCUACUCUCUGUCCAUGAGGGACUAUGACAAACAACAUGGUGAUGUCGUCAAGCACUACAAAAUCAGAAGUCUAGACAAUGGGGGAUAUUACAUCUCUCCAAGAAUUACUUUUCCCUGUAUCAGUGACAUGAUCAAACAUUACCAAAAGCAGCCAGAUGGAUUAUGCAGAAAGUUGGAAAAGGCAUGCCUCAGUCCCAAACCACAGAAACCGUGGGAUAAAGAUGCCUGGGAGAUUCCGCGGGACUCAAUCAAAUUAGUAAAAAAGCUUGGAGCUGGUCAAUUUGGAGAAGUCUGGAUGGGUUACUACAAUAACAAUACAAAAGUAGCAGUGAAAACUCUGAAGCCAGGCACCAUGUCCACACAGGCAUUCAUGGAAGAAGCCAACCUUAUGAAAUCACUUCAGCAUGACAAGCUGGUCAGACUCUACGCUGUAGUUACCAAAGAAGAACCAAUUUAUAUCAUAACUGAAUUCAUGGCAAAAGGGAGCUUGCUGGAUUUCCUGAAGAGUCAAGAUGGUGGGAAAUUACUACUUCCAAAGCUCAUUGACUUCUCAGCUCAGAUUGCAGAAGGGAUGGCAUAUAUAGAAAGAAAAAACUACAUCCAUCGUGAUCUGAGAGCAGCUAAUGUUCUUGUUUCAGAGUCUCUAAUGUGCAAAAUUGCUGAUUUUGGACUUGCUAGAGUAAUUGAAGAUAAUGAAUAUACAGCCAGGGAAGGUGCAAAAUUCCCUAUCAAAUGGACAGCACCAGAAGCCAUUAAUUUUGGCUCAUUUACUAUUAAGUCUGACGUGUGGUCCUUUGGAGUGCUUCUGUAUGAAAUAAUUACUUAUGGGAAAAUUCCUUAUCCAGGGAUGAGUAAUUCUGAUGUCAUGAUAGCUCUUCAACGUGGGUAUCGCAUGCCACGCAUGGAGGCCUGUCCAGCUGAGCUCUAUGAUAUUAUGAAAACAUGCUGGAAAGAUAAAGCAGAAGAGAGACCAACUUUUGAAUAUUUACAGAGUGUCCUUGAUGACUUCUACACUGCUACAGAAGGACAAUAUCAGCAGCAGCCCUAACAGGAAAAAGGAGGAGCUCCUGCCUCCAAAUUGGUGUAGACCUCUUAAUGGGACAUUGUGGUUGCGCCAGUUACUUUUAUGCAUUAGGAUAUCCUAACUGCUUGUGGAUCCUGAAACUGAAGCUCAAGAAAACGUUGCAGGUGACCACUAUCCAGCUUAAGGCUUUAAUGUCCUCUAUUGCUGGCACUUUCUUUCUAUUUUUCUUAAGUACCCAGAUUCUUUUGACACACCAGAAGAUCAAAAUCAAGCUGGAGACAGCUGCAAAUGUAAUGAAGAAAAACAACAAUUCAUGACAGCAGCCAGAACUUAGCCCCACAUGGUCCAGUCAUAACAAGCAUCUCAAAAAAGGUCUGUUUUAGGGCCCAUCUAGAUGCUAUAGUGAUGCAUGAGCUGUUGCCACCCAUUUAUUUUAACUGAAAAGCUUUUCAGGCUGUGGGAGGGAGGACUGCAGAGCCAUCAUUUAUUUGCUCAGAAUGGCAUCUGUUGGAAUGGCUUGCCCACCUGCAGCAUAAAAGACACAGGAAUGGGGUCUUUCUUAGAUUGGAAACUAGCUUGGAGAGACAACUUUGACUGAAUAAACAGUGGCAGAGGAAAUGUUUAAUCAGCCUGCCCACUUAGCUCUUCCCUGCUCACCACUGAGGAGCUCAUGCUAGCAGCUUGCUGCAAUUGCAUUUUACGUUAAAAAGACAACUCUUUUGUGUUUUGCCUUGUGAAAGUGGAUUGGAUGAAUGGGCUUAAACAGAAAAAGCUGCUGUAGUGUCUAUACUUGUCUAAAGAGUAAGGUGGAAUUGGCACAGUUGCAAUGAAGUGAAUGAGACAUCAGAAUAGAGUGGUUCCCCACAACCCCCAGGAGAUAACCAUGCUUUUAAGCAAGAAAGUCUUUCUGGCUCACAUUACCUCCCUUCAAAGAACCUACCUGUAGAAUCUGAAAUGCAGUACAUUUAUACCUGAUGAUCUAAAGCAGGCACCCCCAAACUGUGGCCCUCCAGAUGUUUUGGCCUACAACUCCCAUGAUCCCUAGCUAACAGGACCAGUGGUCGGGGAAGAUGGGAAUUGUAGUCCAAAACAUCUGGAGGGCCAAAGUUUGGGGAUGCCUGAUCUAAAGGUAUAUUGUAUAUGGCUUUAUAGUUUGUUUUCAAAUAGGAAGCUGAUAGGGAUAAAAUGAAGUAUAACCUAGAGUCAUUGCAGAAACCUUUCUACCAGUGUGGCUCAUAAAGCUGCCAUUCUUAAAGGCAGCACUUUAGUUCCAACAUUAGGCAAUUUAAUGUUUAAAUUCAAAAAGCACAACUAACACAACAUUCCCAUUAGAAAGUACACCCAGCUACUAUUAUAACCAAAGUCUAUACAAUUUGUUGAACGUAUUAUGUAAGUAGGAUGCGGGUGUGGGAUGGGAGACACUUGAAAAUCAGGUUUAAGGGCACUAGUUGUAUAAAGUCACGACUGGACUGAAGUUAUGAACAGGAUGCGAUCUCACUACUCUGUGCCUCAGCUUUCUCAAAAAGGGUUGUGUUUUUUCCUCGAUAUCAUGCUGAGACUUUUCCAAAAUACUUAUUCACAACUUGGUUACUAUAGGAACAUUGUGAUUCUAACUAUGUUCAGUUGCACAACCCAAUAUUUUUGUAGUACACAUGAUAUUUACUCUUUUUAAAUGAAGGAAUCCAGUUGACAAACUGGCAACCAGGCUGUCAACCUGUAAAUACUGUUUUCAUUUUAUUGUGAUUUUAAUAAAUAAGCAUUCUUGAAAUUUCAAACCUG